GAGAAUGCAGACUGGAUGCUGUUCGCUGCUGCGCUGGGUGAUGAGCUAGGACUGCUGAAUGGCAGCUCUCAAGUUGCUUCUGCCUCUGGGAGAGGUCUGCUUGGAUAUCGCGUUUUCCUUUGAGAAACGAAAAAGUCAAAGCUCUGCUCCCUGGCUACUUACAGAAGUGCGGUUUUAUUGAAGAGCCCUGCUGCAGUCUUUACUGCCCGCAGCCAGAGCCAGCUUCUUCUCAGGCCAGGCACGACAGCAGCAUUAGGAAAGAGCUUUUGCGUUUGGAGCUCCCAGCCUGAGUGCUCCCCAGGCCGGUCGUCCAGGCAACUGUGCCAGCAGAAACCCUAGGGACUGUGGUCUCAUUCCUCCAAAGCCAGCGGCCACCAGGCCACCAUCGGCAGCGUUGGGAGGACACCGGGAUGCUGCAGGUGCUGUGGCAUUUUCUGUCUGGCUUCCUCCCCAGGGCUGGGUGCCAGGGCACCAGAGAGGGCUCCGAUCACGGAGUUAAAGGCAUCCAGGGAGACCAGGUGCCAGGCUUUCUGGGCAAACAGGACGGAAGGGCUGACGCCCCGGAAAAGAGACCCACCAUCUUGCUGGUGGUUGGACCGGCAGAACAGUUUCCUAAGAAAAUUGUUCAGGCUGGUGACAAGGACCUCGAUGGGCAGCUGGACUUUGAAGAGUUUGUGCACUACCUUCAAGACCAUGAGAAGAAGCUGAGGCUGGUGUUCAAGAGUCUGGACAAGAAGAACGAUGGACGCAUCGACGCCCAGGAGAUCAUGCAGUCCCUACGGGACCUGGGAGUCAAGAUCUCCGAACAGCAGGCGGAGAAGAUCCUUAAGAGAAUACGAACGGGCCAUUUCUGGGGCCCUGUCACCUACAUGGAUAAGAAUGGCACGAUGACCAUUGACUGGAACGAGUGGCGGGACUAUCACCUCCUGCACCCCGUGGAGAACAUCCCCGAGAUCAUCCUGUACUGGAAGCAUUCCACGAUCUUUGAUGUGGGUGAGAACCUGACAGUCCCCGAUGAGUUCACCGUGGAAGAGAGGCAGACGGGCAUGUGGUGGCGACAUCUGGUGGCAGGAGGCGGGGCGGGGGCUGUGUCAAGGACCUGCACGGCCCCCCUGGACAGGCUCAAGGUGCUCAUGCAGGUCCAUGCCUCCCGAAGCAACAACAUGUGCAUUGUGGGCGGAUUCACUCAGAUGAUCCGGGAGGGAGGAGCCAGGUCCCUGUGGCGGGGCAACGGCAUCAAUGUCCUUAAAAUCGCCCCGGAGUCGGCUAUCAAAUUCAUGGCGUACGAGCAGAUCAAGCGCCUGGUCGGCAGUGAUCAAGAGACACUGAGGAUACACGAGAGGCUUGUGGCAGGCUCCUUGGCUGGGGCCAUUGCCCAGAGCAGCAUCUACCCCAUGGAGGUUCUGAAGACUCGAAUGGCCCUGCGGAAGACGGGCCAGUACUCAGGCAUGUUGGACUGUGCCCGCAGGAUCCUGGCCAAGGAAGGGGUGGCUGCCUUCUACAAAGGCUAUGUCCCCAAUAUGCUGGGGAUCAUCCCUUAUGCAGGCAUCGAUCUGGCAGUCUACGAGACGCUCAAGAACACCUGGCUGCAGCGCUAUGCGGUGAACAGCGCCGACCCUGGUGUGUUCGUGCUUCUGGCCUGUGGCACCAUCUCCAGCACCUGUGGCCAGCUGGCCAGCUACCCACUGGCCCUGGUCAGGACCCGGAUGCAGGCGCAAGCCUCCAUCGAGGGUGCCCCCGAGGUGACCAUGAGCAGCCUCUUUAAGCACAUCCUGCGGACAGAGGGUGCCUUCGGGCUGUACCGGGGGCUGGCCCCCAACUUCAUGAAGGUGAUCCCAGCCGUGAGCAUCAGCUACGUGGUGUAUGAGAACCUGAAGAUCACCCUGGGCGUGCAGUCGCGGUGACAGAGUUGGGGUGGGUGCGGACUCUUGGAUCCUGGCCCGGCCGGGGUGUGGAGCCAUCUCAUUCUGUGAAUGUGCCAACACUAAGACGACCGAAGCCAAGCUAUGGAACUCUGGACGCGCCAUGGGGGAGGGUGGAGACACCUGGUGGGGCCUUUCCUGCUGACCUGGUAGACCCUAUGCCCUUUCCAGGGGAGACCUGUGGACAUUGCUUAGGGUCCAGGGUCAGCAGGAACCCAGGCGCUCAGGCCUAGGGACAGGACAUUCCCUGCAGUGCCUGCCAAAUAGCUAGCUUGGAGGCCGGCUUAGUUCUUCCAUCUCGUCCUUCUCUGGCUGGCCGGGCCACCUCAGGCCCGCUGCUCACCUGCCUCUUGGUGUGCUGUAGCAGGAGGUGGGCGCUGGCUGCUCAUACCCCUCCUUGUGCCCUCCCCCUCGGUGCACGGUGCCAGGUGAUGCCGCCUCUGGCUGCCGUGGGCGCCGAGGCAGGUGCGGGGAGGCGGGGUCUCGCUCAUGUGCCUGCUUCGUGGUGAGCCCACCAGCGGGGCACCAGAUGCACUUGUGCCCUUAGUGCUGGCUGCCUGGCAUUGCGGCGCAUGGCUUUAGGGGAAGCCAGUGUUGGGCCUGGAGCCCAAAGGACCUCUGCUGCCCGCCUGGUCCCAGACUCUGCCAGGACUGGCAUCAGUGCAGAACCAAACGUAUCGUCCUGCUGCUUGGCUUGAGGGCAGCACCAGGUCUCGAGUUAGGCCAAGGGCAGAGUUGGUGCCGCCAGCCCUGUGCCCUGGUGAGGAGGGAAAGAUGUUGAAGGCCUUAAUCAUGUAUUACUCGGAAAAAGGUUUUGUCCCAGGCUGAGCUGGACAGUUGUGCCUGCUCUGUGCUCCCGGAAGAGAGGCAUGGAGAGGGCAGGCUGGGUGGCUGGCUGGUGGCGUGACGGUCUGUCUCUGUCGCCCAGGGUUGUAUCCAAUCCUGUGGGCCAAGUGGGACCAGCCUCACAUUCCACUGAUGCGACAUAUCACACUGCUUGGAGCCUAUUUAUUUUGUAUUUAUUUGAACAGAGUUAUGUUCUAACUAUUUUUAUAGAUUUGUUUAAUUAAUAGCCUGUCACUUUCAAGUUCCUUUUUUAUUCAUAUUUAUGUUCAUGGUUGAUUGUACCUUGCCAUCGCUGCCCUGUGGGGAUGGGGAGGAAAGGGGGGACACUGUGACCCCUGCCCAUGCCAAUGUCAUGUCUGUAUCUGUCUGAAGAAGUUCCUCUGGGGACUGGAGAUGAGAAGAAGGGGGGCUUGGUGGUAGAGAGCAAGUCCCGGGGUGUGGCUCGUCCCCAGGAAGCUGGGAUCUCAGGGUUUGAUGGGCAGAUUGAGCUCUGGACUGGGGGUUUCCUUGUGUCAUCCUUUUCGAAUCACAAGGCAGCGAGGUGCCUCACUGUGAAUUUGGGGAGAGGUUGGGGGCUGGCGGACUGGGCAGUGAGUCCCCUACCCCUGUCUAUGAAGUAGACCCCCCUCCCUCCUGGCCCGCAGCUGCCCGUGCUCAAUAAUGCUGGUCACCUGGCCACCUGAUGGCACCUCCAUGAGCUGACCAGAAAACUCUUGAUAGGAUGCAAAGAUCAAUGCAAAAAUCAUUAUAUAGAAGUAUAGAGUUAUAACUGGAAUUUGUCAACAAGCAAGUUCGAGAAUUGGUUGGAAGUUGUCAUUUCACACAGCCUUCUAAUAAAGUUGUUUCAGAGCUGA